GGAGUGCGAGCCGCAGCCGCCGCCGCCGCCGCCGCCGCCGCAGCAGCAGCCUCCGCCGCCACCGGGGAGGGGCCGAGCACCAUGUCGAAUCUGAGCAAAGGCACGGGCAGCCGGAAGGACACCAAGAUGCGGAUCCGGGCCUUUCCGAUGACCAUGGAUGAAAAAUAUGUAAACAGCAUUUGGGACCUUCUGAAAAAUGCAAUUCAAGAAAUCCAGCGUAAGAAUAACAGUGGUCUUAGUUUUGAGGAGCUCUAUAGAAAUGCAUAUACAAUGGUUUUGCAUAAACAUGGAGAAAAGCUCUACACUGGACUAAGAGAAGUUGUUACUGAACAUCUCAUAAAUAAGGUGCGAGAAGAUGUACUAAAUUCAUUGAAUAACAACUUUCUUCAAACAUUAAAUCAAGCUUGGAAUGAUCAUCAAACAGCCAUGGUGAUGAUUAGAGACAUACUAAUGUAUAUGGACCGUGUAUAUGUACAACAAAAUAAUGUAGAAAAUGUCUACAAUUUGGGAUUAAUAAUUUUUCGAGAUCAAGUUGUACGUUAUGGGUGUAUUAGGGAUCAUCUUCGGCAAACUUUGUUGGAUAUGAUUGCCAGAGAACGGAAAGGAGAAGUUGUAGACAGAGGAGCAAUAAGAAAUGCUUGCCAGAUGUUAAUGAUUUUAGGCCUUGAAGGAAGAUCAGUCUAUGAGGAAGAUUUUGAGGCUCCUUUUUUGGAAAUGUCUGCAGAAUUUUUUCAGAUGGAAAGCCAGAAAUUUUUAGCAGAAAACAGUGCUUCGGUAUAUAUAAAGAAAGUAGAAGCUAGAAUUAAUGAGGAAAUAGAGCGGGUGAUGCACUGCCUUGACAAAUCCACAGAAGAGCCGAUUGUGAAGGUGGUUGAAAGGGAACUCAUUUCCAAGCACAUGAAGACAAUUGUAGAAAUGGAAAAUUCUGGGCUAGUGCAUAUGUUGAAAAAUGGAAAGACAGAAGACCUUGCUUGCAUGUACAAAUUAUUUAGUCGUGUGCCAAAUGGUUUGAAGACAAUGUGUGAAUGUAUGAGUUCUUACUUGAGGGAACAAGGAAAAGCCCUUGUUUCUGAGGAAGGAGAAGGGAAGAACCCUGUUGACUAUAUCCAGGGUUUAUUGGACCUGAAGAGUAGGUUUGACCGCUUCCUCCAAGAGUCCUUCAAUAAUGACCGGCUCUUUAAACAGACUAUUGCUGGGGACUUUGAGUAUUUUCUAAACCUCAACUCCAGGUCUCCUGAAUACCUCUCAUUAUUUAUUGAUGAUAAGCUGAAAAAGGGAGUCAAAGGGCUAACAGAACAAGAAGUAGAAACAAUAUUGGAUAAGGCAAUGGUCCUUUUUAGGUUUAUGCAAGAAAAAGAUGUAUUUGAACGUUACUAUAAACAACACCUGGCAAGGAGACUGCUCACGAAUAAAAGUGUUUCCGAUGAUUCUGAAAAAAAUAUGAUUUCUAAAUUAAAGACUGAGUGUGGAUGUCAAUUCACAUCGAAACUGGAAGGAAUGUUUAGGGAUAUGAGCAUCUCAAACACAACUAUGGAUGAGUUCAGGCAACAUCUACAGGCAACAGGGGUAUCUUUAGGUGGUGUUGAUCUCACAGUCCGGGUUCUCACAACGGGAUAUUGGCCCACUCAGUCAGCCACACCAAAGUGCAACAUCCCACCAGCACCAAGACAUGCUUUUGAGAUAUUUAGAAGGUUCUACUUAGCCAAACACAGUGGUCGACAGCUCACGCUCCAGCAUCACAUGGGUUCUGCAGAUCUCAAUGCUACCUUUUAUGGUCCAGUUAAAAAGGAAGAUGGAUCUGAGGUUGGUGUUGGCGGUGCACAAGUAACUGGUUCUAAUACCCGGAAGCACAUAUUGCAAGUCUCCACUUUCCAGAUGACCAUAUUAAUGCUCUUUAAUAAUAGAGAGAAAUACACGUUUGAGGAAAUUCAACAAGAGACAGAUAUCCCUGAAAGAGAACUUGUUAGAGCCCUCCAGUCCCUCGCCUGUGGUAAACCAACACAGCGGGUCCUCACAAAAGAACCCAAGUCAAAGGAGAUAGAAAGUGGCCACAUAUUUACAGUUAAUGAUCAGUUCACAUCCAAACUACACAGAGUCAAGAUUCAAACAGUUGCAGCCAAACAAGGUGAAUCUGACCCAGAAAGGAAAGAAACAAGACAGAAAGUAGAUGAUGACAGAAAACAUGAGAUAGAAGCUGCUAUAGUGCGAAUAAUGAAGUCUAGGAAGAAGAUGCAGCACAAUGUUUUAGUAGCAGAGGUAACUCAACAAUUGAAGGCUCGAUUCUUACCAAGUCCAGUUGUUAUUAAGAAACGUAUUGAAGGACUUAUUGAGAGAGAAUAUUUGGCACGAACCCCUGAGGAUCGCAAAGUAUACACAUACGUAGCAUAAAAUGCAUUCAGAAAUUUGAUUUAUUCUUGGACUGUACUCUUCGCAUGGACUGGGAAGUUCUUUUAAAUCAUUACUAUUAAGACGACCAUCUCUUCUGUUAAAUUGCAGUACAUGUUAUAGACCACUCAGAUCAAGCCUCCUCCCUCUGAGAGUUUUCAACAUCAGUUGAUUGAGCUUCAGGCUUUCCAACGUUAUCCCUGUAGAGAUCAUCUUUACAGUUCCUCGGGAAAAUGUGAAUGUGCCGCGUUUUGUUUUCAAUAUUGUAUGAAAACAGGAAAAAAAUAAACAAAUUUAGAAAACACAGCUCAUUAAAAUAAAAUUGUUGGAUUUCA